AUGCAAACAGAUAACAAUCACGUGCAUUUUUUAAUACGGCAAAUGACUCCCACCACACAUCCUUUCCUUUUCUUCAUCUUUCACUCUUCAAUCUUCACUCUUCUUCUAAACCUUUCUCCAUCACAAACCUUCAUCGCAAAUCACGCCGGGUUGCACUACGUCAACGUUGACACGGUCAAGACCGGGGGAAGAGAUCGACUUACUCUACGAGCCUUCGACAACAAGCAGGGUCCUAACGGCGAUGAGGAAUCCCUAACAACAACCGAUCAGCCUAUAUGUGGGAUGGCGGCCUCCGGGGAGCUUGCAAGCUGUCUCGCGAAGUCAUCACCGAAGAGAUAUAUUCCAUGUGGCUUCGACUUCCUGACUACCGCCAGGGCUAUCUUGGCUGUCCUGCGAUCCUCACAAGUCGAAACCCCCACGAAGAACAGGGUUGGAUUGUUGACCUCCCUGAGACCCUGGAAGAACUCAAAGCCGAACUCUGUUCGUGGCCUGGUAGCAACAUGGAUUGAGGGCGUAGCCUCCGGAUGGGUCAGAGCACCCCAGCUCUAUCUGAUAGACAAGGGCACACUUUUGGUUCAAAAGACUCGCGGCUACGGUCCUAUCUAUCACGACUGCGGCAGCAAGUACAAUGAUAUGCGUGAGCGGGGUUGUAACGAUGCCAUCCAUGCAUUCAUUGAGGCUUUGGAUGAGUUCCUUCCCUUUAAGGAGUAUGGUCAUUUAUACGAAAAGAAUAAUCCCGACAGUUGGGACGAAGAUCUCCAUAUGUGGCUCGGCUUCAACAUCUUCCAGGAGAUCAAGGUCCUUGUCCGUUUUGAGUACGCAGAUCAUAAGGAAGUCAGUUGGACAGCUGUGCGCAACGACCUCGAUGACGAGGAUGAAAAGGGCUCUGAAAAAGCUAUAUCAGCUUAUGGGAGGGUUUACGACCUGGAGUAUGAUGAUGAUGUUGGGUACUGCAUCGGAGAUUUUGGUGUAAUGAAUCCCAAUCUGUCAAAUGCUCAUGGCUACCCUGUAUCGUCGUGGUGGAUUACAGCCCCGCAUUUCAUGGUUCUGCCAUCACAGACCGUUUUUGCCACUCCAAUUGGUCCCUUCUCGUCGUCAAUUCCCCCACGUAAAUUUCCAUCCCCACCAACUCUUCCUAUCCAUUAUCGAACCAUCAUGGCCAAGACAAAGUCCAAGAAGCGCAAACAAGCGCAAGCUCAAGCCCAAUCCGAAAACCCUCGGAAGAUUGCAAAGACCACUUCCCCUUCGAUCCCGACGCCUCCUCCCGAUGGCACGACCACGCACUUUGAGCCCAAGAACCUCCAUACCGUUGUGUCCGAAGAAGAGCUCGAGAUUACCAUCGACACACUCAAUUCGCUCGCCCAGUACCCUGGCUUGAUCAAGUCAAAGCUGUGCAAGGACUUGAGAGUUGCUGUUUACGACUUCAGACAAGCUUGCACGACUGGUGUCAAUAAUGCUGCUGGCGCGAACCUCACGGCGCAGGUCACUGCUGCUCUUGCCGAUCGGAAAUAUACCGAAGCCCGAAUUCUGCUUGCAGAGAUGAAGAUUCGUGGCGAACAGCCCAAGCUCGGUGCUCUUUGUCGAUGGGUUCGAGAUCUUGAUGUCAUCAGUGGUCUGUCGACGAUUCCCGAUCAGCAAGGGCUUGUCAAGCGCUCAGAGAGGGAAGAGACACUCAUCAAGGUGAUUGAUGCGGUGCUUCGAGUUUGCGGCCAUGAAGACCGAAACCCAAAUGCGAUCAUUCAGCCUUCAUCAAUUGCACUCCAGGAGAUUUGGGAUCUUCGUCCCGAUGCUCCAACCGAGCAAGUCUAUGCCUCGGUCCUCGAUGGCAGUCUCAUUGCUUCGGCGCCCGAGUCUCUCAAGAAGAACAUUCGCAUCAUCGAGACAACACCCGGCCCCGAGCGCAAGCCGCCGAACCAUCACGACGCCAUCCUUUACGCUUCGACACCCGAGGCUGUUCCUCUGUCGGCAACGCCGCCGCCGACGACACAUCGACCACAUCCUGUCGUCCAGGGCCUCAGCGUGGCCACGAAUGUUCUCUACCCCGAAGAGUGCAAAGCCAUUAUAGCCGCGGGUGAAUACGUCAAUUUCGUACCUGACGCACCGCUUCGGGAAGAUGGCGACAUCAGCAUUCUAGCACACAACUUUUACUGGGUUGUCGAUAAGACCUUUCACGACACGCUAUGGUCGCGCAUUCAACCUUUCGUGCCCGUGUCAAUGAACGGGCGCUUGGCUCGUGGCAUCAAUCGCCGCUUUCGAGUGUAUCGCUAUGUCCCAGGAGCAGAGUAUCGAGCACACAUCGACGGCGCGUGGCCCCCGAGCGGCAUUACGAAGGAAGAUAAAUACGUCUAUGACGACUCGCCGGCCGAGAAGAAGCAGAGCUCGCUGUUCACGUUCCUGAUCUACCUCAAUCAAGACUUCGAGGGCGGCGAAACCACAUACUUCCUCCCGGCUGCGCGAGAAGGAAUCCUGAAUGCAUACCCUGUUCGUCCAGUAAUGGGCGGCGCGGCUAUCUUCCCUCAUGGUGAGAUCAACGCGACAUUGCAUGAAGGCACCGGUGUGCGAAAGGGAGCGAAAUACGUCAUCCGUACCGAGAUUGAGUACGACGUCGAACCGACGGAAGAAGUCCAGAUCUGA